UAUCUAUCCUAUGUCAUGCCUGUUUGUUUGUCGCAUACUGUCAUAAGUGAGGUUAUUUGAGUAGUAUUUUGUACAUUAUUAUUAAGUACGUUAUUGUGCUUUUACCAAAUAAAUUAUAAUGUACUAAUUGUAAAUUAUCAAAUAUAAACAAAUUUUCAUUGAUAUAAUGGAGAAAUAAAUGUGGACAUGGAAGUAAAUGACAUGGUCAGCUUAAAAAUAGAAAUUCCAUUCCCAAGCCAACGAGAAGCUAAUAUAGUGUAUCACUCUCUUCGAGUUGACAUUGAACCAACAAGAAAACAGAUAAAAAAAAUUAUUGUCAGUGGAAGAAAACAAACUGAUUGCGGAGUUAACUGCUCCAGACGCAAAAAGCCUGAGGAUCGGAAUGAACUCAUUCAUGGAUUUAGCCAUCUUGUCGAUUGAGACUGUGGAGAAGUUUGGACCACCACUGUCUGAGAGUUACACCCACUAAUAAUGUCUCAGAGCACACCAGCUCCAACCCCCAGCAGAGCUAACUACGGCUUUGCUCUGUACCUGGGCUCGUACACUGUGUUCGGCAUCUAUGUGAUUUGGGCAUUUGUGCCGGACGAUUUGUUACACUCUGUGGGAUUGACGUACUGGCCACAGAAAUACUGGGCUCUGGCUGUACCUAUCCACGUGCUCGUCACUCUGGCGUUGUUUGCUUUCUGUUUCUACCCAGCAAUCAACUUGACACUCAUUCCUCCAAUGAAUGAUAACCGAAUUAUCUAUGAUGAAUUUUCCAUUAAGCCAGAAAAUGUUAAAAUAUCUACAAAAGGUAUACCAGCAGUGUGUGAUUUACCAUUAGAUGAAGUUUGUAAAAAUUUAUAUCUCAGGGGUGGUGAUUGAAGUGAGCGUAGUUUGUAAGUUUGAAAUUUAUACCAUAGAUAAUUGAUUUAUUCUGAAGUUUGGAUGUUAAAAAUCUAAAUUUAUAUUAAUUUUUGUGUAUUCAUUGAUCACUUUCUUUUUUUUAUUUUACUACCACAUAUGUUUUAGUUGUGUAAGUGCCAUACUGUUGCCAAUUAGUGCUAGGUCUACCAAUUUCUACUUACUCCCAUGAGAUUCUCUAUAGGUCCAAGUCAUGGAAACAAGUACAACAGUACAGUAGUCCCUCAAUAAUCUGACACAAUUUAGACCAGACAUGUGUCAGGUUAGUAAAAAAGCCAGAUUACUGGAAUUCAAUUAAAAAUCACGUUUAAAUUACAUUAUAAAAUGUAUUGUCACUAAAAAGAUUAAUUCUUACCAUAAAGAUGUACAAUAGAGUCUUAAAAUAAGAAGUUAGCACAUGGCAUAGAUUUCAAAUGUUGCACACAAGAGGAAGUUGAACUGGAGCUAAACUCAACAUUCGCAUGUCAUAAAUGUCAUUCUUUCUUUCGAAACUUAUCGGCCUGGAGCACUAAUUUCAGUUUUAUGCACAACUUUUUUUUUAAUUAAGUAAAAGCCUCCAAAAAGUCCACUUUUGCCUGCAUUAUACACCUUGUCCGGAACAAGUUUCAAAUCACUGACUUUUGGAAAAUUUUGUUCAUAAGACUCAACUGCUGAUUCAUAAAAUAAUAGUAAUAAAAAAAUGCUGAUUCCAAUAUCAGAUAAUAUUUCAAACCACAAAUAAAGUAACAGUACAGUACAACGUCACUGUGUUACUAUCAUUAAAUUAUAUACACAGUACAAAAUGUAUUAACUUAACACACUACAAAUACUAACCACUAAUAAAUUAUGAAUGACACAAUAAUCAAAAAAUAAAAUCAGCAAAGUAUGUCAGAAACUUCCUCUACUGUAUGUACUCUAUUAUAAAAACAGAAGAAGCAAUGCUGUUAAAUACACUGUCGUUAUGAGCUGUGAUAGAAAAUUGACGGCUAUGAUGACACCCUGCCUUUGUCUAUUGGCCGGAUUACUGGGGGACCGGACUGGCGCAGGGCCGGACUAAUGAGGGACUACUGUAUUCAGAUUAAAUUUAGGUUUUACCAUAGCCCAUUGAAAUAAACGUAGAGUAUUUCUAAAA